CAAGGCGUCACGUCUGGUCCCGGGCGGAAGUCUUCAGCUAGCCGACCGGGAAGUAGCUGAAGACCGGGCGAUGGGAACUCUGGAGGUCUCGCUCCGGGGCGGAAUCGAGGCCACCGUGCCUCCGCGGUAGAGCGAGCCUGGGCGGCAGGCUCUGGAGUCCUGAGGCAUGGAGGGGUCUAAGGCGUCCAGCAGCACCAUGCAGGUGAGCUUCGUGUGUCAGCGCUGCAGCCAGCCUCUGAAACUGGACACGAGCUUCAAAAUCCUGGACCGGGUCACCAUCCAGGAACUUACAGCUCCAUUACUUACCACAGCCCAGGCGAAACCAGGAGAGACCCAGGAGGAAGAGGCUCACUCGGGAGAGGAGCCGUUUAUUGAAGCUCGCCAGGAUGGUGUCUCUCGAAGAUUCAUCCCCCCAGCCAGGAUGAUGUCUACAGAAAGUGCUAAUAGCUUCACUCUGAUCGGGGAGGCAUCUGACGGUGGCACCAUGGAGAAUCUCAGCCGAAGACUCAAGGUCACUGGAGACCUUUUUGACAUCAUGUCGGGCCAGACAGAUGUAGAUCACCCACUGUGUGAAGAAUGCACAGAUACUCUGUUAGACCAGCUGGACACUCAGCUCAAUGUCACUGAAAAUGAAUGUCAGAACUACAAACGCUGUUUGGAGAUCCUAGAACAAAUGAAUGAGGAUGACAGUGAACUGCUACAGAGGGAGUUGAAAGAGCUGGCCUUAGAGGAGGAGAGGCUGAUCCAGGAGCUGGAAGAUGUGGAAAAAAACCGCAAGGUAGUGGCAGAAAACCUGGAGAAGGUCCAGGCUGAGGCGGAGAGACUGGAUCAGGAGGAAGCUCAGUAUCAGCGGGAAUACAGUGAAUUUAAAAGACAGCAGCUGGAGCUGGAUGAUGAGCUGAAGAGCGUAGAAAACCAGAUGCGGUAUGCCCAGAUGCAGCUGGACAAACUGAAGAAAACUAACGUCUUUAAUGCAACCUUUCACAUCUGGCACAGUGGACAAUUUGGCACAAUCAAUAACUUCAGAUUAGGUCGCUUGCCCAGUGUUCCUGUAGAAUGGAACGAAAUCAAUGCUGCUUGGGGCCAGACUGUGUUGCUGCUCCAUGCCCUAGCCAAUAAGAUGGGUCUGAAAUUUCAGCGGUAUCGACUUGUCCCCUAUGGAAAUCAUUCGUAUCUGGAGUCCCUGACGGACAGAUCUAAGGAGUUGCCGUUAUACUGUUCUGGGGGAUUGCGGUUUUUCUGGGACAACAAGUUCGACCAUGCAAUGGUAGCUUUUCUGGACUGUGUGCAGCAGUUCAAAGAAGAGGUGGAGAAAGGCGAAACUCGAUUUUGCCUUCCAUACAGGAUGGAUGUGGAGAAAGGCAAGAUUGAAGACACUGGAGGCAGUGGCGGCUCCUAUUCCAUCAAAACCCAGUUUAACUCUGAGGAGCAAUGGACGAAAGCACUUAAGUUCAUGCUGACGAAUCUUAAGUGGGGUCUUGCUUGGGUGUCCUCACAGUUCUAUAACAAGUGACUUACUCCUUAAGGGAUUGGUUUUGUUUGGAAAGAUGCUUUAAAUUAAAUCUGGGUAAUAUUAAACCACAUGUUUACAAUACCACAAAGACAAAAGCCACUUUAUUUUAAAAUAUCGUAUGACAGAUAGUUUCCAGAGCUACAAAACACCAUGUACAGCAAACAGCCCUUGCCAUAGUUUUGACUCAACCCCAUGCUUUCCUUUCCCUUUUUCUUUCCCCUGAAAACAACUAAUUUAAAUUUGCUUUGUUUUUUUAAGUUAGUUGAAUUGACAUUGAUGUGUUUUCACUGGAUUUUAUCUCUCUCAACUUCCUGCACUUAUAAUACAAACCAGAAGAGUUCUGAGAUGAUGUUAGCACACAGUGGGGUGAUGUGGGGAGGGACACCGAGUCAAAAGCUACAAGUCUAACUCUUCCCUCAUGCAGUUCUAGUAUUGAAUGCCUACUCUGUUAUCUGUUAGAAUUAUAAAAUGGUGUUUGAUACUGUUUGAGACAUGUCGAGAUUUAAUUAUUUGUAAUAAAGAAUUUGCUAUGGUCUGUUAAUUA